AUGGUGGCCCAAUCCUCGAGAACCCCACGCACCAACGAGGAGCCAAAAAUUGCAGCAGAUGAUGAGAAACCGACACCAAAUGUGAAAAAGAAAGAGAAGAAGAAAGGGUUGCUUUCAAUGGCGGCUGGUGGGCUACGCAAGGCACUCGGAGCUCCGAAAACCAUGCGCACACCCCGGGUUCAUUAUCCGGAUGCCGAAGACAUAAUACCAGAAGAAGAGGAUGAGGAAAGCAAUCCAUAUGACACAGUUCGAUCAUUGCCCGCUUCGGGUCAUUAUGGACGUAGUCGAGUCGGUCAUCACACUGCCACUUUCAUUCCGGGAAUUUUGCGAGUCUCUAUCGAUGAUGGAAACAAAGCCACUCUCCCAACUACAUCACCAAUUGCUACCACCGUUUUGAGGCUUCCUCGUCGAAAGGGUGUCCCUGGUACAGCUCUCGCAUUGCGCACUUCUCCCAAAGGCUCGAUGCUUGACUCUCAAGCGUUUUACACAUUAAGUAAUGAAAGCCAAGACGCAGUUUAUUCGCUGUUCAUGAAAGCGCACAAAUGCUACGAUUUGAUUCCGAUUUCAACAAAGCUCGUCGUUUUUGAUACUCAUCUACCGGUUCGGAAAGCGUUUUAUGCUUUGAUUUACAACAAUGUGAGAGCAGCUCCGUUGUACGAUUCGGCGAAAGGACAAUAUGUUGGAAUGCUUACAAUCACUGAUUUUAUCAAAAUAUUAUACAGAUAUUACAAAUCUGGGGCUGAGGGUGAAGACGGAAUGAAAUCAUUGGAAGAACAAGAGAUCUCGCAUUGGAGAGAGCGAUUUGAAGAGGAUGAUGGAGCACAGAGAGAAUUCAUCACCGUUGAUCCAAAUCUCAGUUUGCAUCGAGCCGUUCAAUUACUCUGCACUCACAAAGUUCAUCGAUUGCCCGUUCUCGAUCAAGCCACCGGCAAUAUUUCCUACAUUCUUACCCAUAAAAGGCUCAUGAAAUUCCUGUAUCUAUAUAUUCAUGAUCUGCCGAGACCAUCGUUUAUGGAAAAGACGCCUAGAGAGUUAGGAAUCGGCUCUUGGGGAGAGGUGCUAACAAUUCAUUCGGAUACUCCAUUGAUCGAGGCUUUGAAGACUUUCCUUUCAAAUCGGGUCUCAGCUCUUCCCAUUGUCGAUAAUGAAGAUCGGGUUGUCGACAUUUAUGCAAAAUUCGAUGUGAUCUCUUUGGCGGCUGAGAAAGUUUAUGACAAAUUGGAUGUGACGGUCAGCGAAGCACUCAAAUAUCGCAAUGAUACAUUCGAGGGUGUUCAUUGUUGCCAUGAAACGGACACACUCUUCCAGGUGAUCGAAACGAUUGUCAGAGCUGAGGUUCACCGCCUGGUAGCCACGGACUCGUCGAAGAGAGUCGUCGGCAUCGUCUCUUUAUCCGAUAUUCUCAAGUAUUUAGUGCUUGAUCCACAGGUGCAACCAACAAAAAGUGAGCCAAUGGAUGUCUCUGAUUACUCGCCUCCUCAAGUAUUCGAGUCAUUGGAAGAAGAGACUUCAGAGUGUCAU